AUGUCGGCGACAGUCGAACCGGCGAACAAAUCACGGCCACGAAGAUGGCUGGCCUUUUUAGAUUGUGCGGCAGUGGAAGCGACGGGGGCGUCUACAAAUACAAGGGCCCACGUGCCACGAGUCAAUGAGGUCAACAGAGAGAUUGUCAACGCAUUCCGUCGUUCUUCUAAUGAUCGCCCAAGCUCGGCAAGUGGAGCGGAAGACCACCGUCGAGCGCCAAGCGUUCUGAUGCAACGACCGAACACAGCAUCGGCCACCGUUGCGAAAGACGAAGGUGUUCCCUCCACGGGGAGUUCAGAGCCAGCCGCGUCGACGAGCAUGCCUCCGUGGGCAAAACCUUACAAGCCUAAAACUCAAGAGCCUUCACCCGAUUCCAGUCGCGUUGCGAGUACACCGUCUCUUGGAUCAGGGAUGCCGAAGUGGGGCCAGAAGACCAUCCUGCCAGCACCUAAACAAGCCGAAUCAGGGAGCCCUGCGGCCACAACAACGACAAACAAAACAUCGGCCGAAAGCGAAGCGAAAGAUGAACCAGCUGGUGGCCUCGAUUGGCUCCAAAGCCUCGCUCCCCCGACCGCAACAACAGCAGCCGCUCCGAGCCCACCGCACGCACAGCCAGGAAGACCUUCUGGCGACACUCCUGGAGAAGCAAAAGAGGAAGAAGAUACUGAUUGGCUAGGAGCUGCUUUGAAGGGCGAUCUCGCAGUGGCUAAACCGGCGGUUGAAACGUUCAGCGGACAAAAGGCAGACCAUCAGGACGACGAUGCUGGGGGUGACGAUUGGCUGGCAAUCGCCAAAUCAAGCGGUCAGGCCAAGCAGAAGCCGCUCCAUAAUCCCACGGCUAGACGUUCGGUAGCCAUCCCUGCACCUGGGGGAUGGAUGUCAUCCGGAAAACUUGGCCUUUCAACGGAGGAUGGCAGCGAUGAAGAGGUUGCCGCUAAUGCUAGCGGGGGAGGGGGUAGCGGUAGCAGCGGUGGCAACCCCAUCCCAACAAAGAAGAAAAAGAAGAAGAAGAAGUUGUCGGUGAGCGAGAGUGGGCCUGGCGGAUGGUUGAGCUCUGGUGUUCUCGGUGUUGCUGUUGAAGAUGAGAGCGACGACGACGAUGACGACGACGUCGGAGGCCCUGGUGGUGGUGACGCUGGUGAAAGCGGCCGAGGCGUUGCCGUGACGAUUGAAACUCAGACCGAAGAAGACAUCGAAUCAAUCACGAAGAGGGGAGCCACAGAGAAGGCCAACGUCCCGAAGCUUCCACCCUGGGCCAAGCCGUAUGUCCCACCCCCGAAACCCGAUAUCGAGCCAGACGCAGCUCCUGCAAAAGCAUCUACCUCUGGAGAAGAGGUCGAGAAGGAGGGGCCAGAGAUGCCGGAUUGGCUGGCUGCAGCCGCUGGUGUUCCUUCCGGGCAGGAGGCCCCCAAAGUUCCGAGCGAAGAACCUGGACCAGUGGCUGCCGGGCCAGGAGAUGAAGACGGCGGCGGAAACGAUGGUUUGGAGGCGGGUGGUGGUCUCGAUGACUGGCUGAAUGUUGCCAAAUCCAGUGGCCAGACAAAGCGCAAGUCGGUCGUGACGGUCGCCGCUCCUGCUGCAACCGGUGGGUGGAUGUCUUCGGGAAAGCUUGGCAUAUCAACAGAAGACGACAGUGACCAAGACGAUGCCGGCAAGACUGGUGGCGGCGGGUCUGCUGUCACCAAGCUCAAGAAGAAGAAGAAGCAGGCUGCUCAGUCACCAGCGGACACCAGCGGUCCUGGAGGGUGGAUGAGCUCCGGUGCUCUUGGGGCACCGGCAGAGGACGAGAGUGGCGAUGAGGAUAGCGGCGGUGGUGAAACCGAUCGAGGUGUUGGCGUGACGAUAGAGACCCAGACGGAGGAGGACAUCGAAGCAGUUACAAAAGGCGGAGCCACAGAGAAGGGGAAUGCUCCUAAACUUCCACCGUGGGCCAAGCCGUAUGUCCCACCUCCGAAGCCCGAAGUCGUGCCAGACACCCCGCCUAAAGCGGAUUCUGCUCCUCAAGGAGCGCCCGAAAAGCAGGGGUCCGAGAUACCGGAUUGGCUGGCCGCUGUCGCCGGUACAUCAUCUUCCCGGGAGGACCCCUCUGGAGCUAUGAUUGAAGAGGCAGGACCAACAGCCGGACAAGAAGACAGUGCCGGCGGCGGUGGAUUGAGCUGGCUCACGCAAGCCGCCAGAAGCUCGACGUUCGGUGCGGCCGCACCGAUUGACAAGCCAUCUGCCGCAGUGGUGGACGGCGCGGCGGGUGGCGUUAACGACUGGUUGGCGGCUGCCAAGUCCACCGGUCAGACGAAGCGGAAGCCGCACGCGACGGCAACCGCUGCUGCCAAGGCCGCCGCCGUUCCCGCGGCACCCGGUGGAUGGCUGUCCUCGGUAAAACUCGGGGUAUCGACGGAAGAAGACAGUGACCAAGACGACGCUGGCAAGACGGCCGGUAGAUCCACCAAGUCUAAGAAAAAGAAGAAGCAGGCUAGAGGGUCUGUAUCUGUCGCAAGUGGCCCUGAAGGGUGGCUGAGCUCGGGUGCUCUUGGUGUUCCAGAGGAAGAAAGCGACGACGACGACGACGACGGCGGCGGUGACAGUCAGCCUGUCCUUGUGACGAUGGAAACCCAGACCGAGGAUGACAUCGAAGGAGUUACCGAGAGAGGGAACGUUCCGAAGCUUCCGCCCUGGGCCAAGCCGUAUGUUCCACCGCCGAAAGACGACGUCGCGCCAGACUCCACUGCUGACUCAACUGCUGAAAUACCUCCGGAGAAAGAGGAGACCGACGCCUCGGCUACUCCAGACUGGAUCCUCGCGUCUUUGGGCGAUCAAGAUGCGGACGGGUUUAGCGGUGGGGUGCCUGCAUCUGGAGGUGGUUCGAACAACUGGCUUUCCCAGGCAGCAGAACAAGAACCUGGAGCUGGUGCCUCAGACAUGCCCAACACUGGAGAUACCAACGCUCCAGACUGGCUGCAACAAGCCGCUGCCCCUAACGCAAAGCCGAAACAUCGUCAGGCUGCAUCAAUGCCUCAGCAGCGACCCGGCAUCGCAAGAAAGGCUGCCGUCCCGGCAUCGCCCCUCUCGUGGAUGAAGCAAGUGAAGCGCCAGUCAUCCAUGGACCUCGACGACCAAACCGUUGAAACGACUGUCGCUCAAGCCAAGGCCAAGGCUGCUCCUGGGGGUUGGCUGCAGAUAGGGGUGCUGGGGGCACCCGAUGCCUUAGCGGAAGAAAACGAACUCGAGCAAGCCCGGGCCGCUUCACCCCUCACCAGUACCGGCCCCGAAUCUCGAUCGAGAAGCGAGGGCCGUAGACCAAGCUUGUCCGGAGGUCCGCCCCCUUGGGCCCCGGCUAAGGAAGAGGGCGCGGUGGGUGACAGUGGUAGCACUACUACCUCCACUCAUGACGUAGGGCGACGGCCGAGCCUUAGCGGCGGCAUGCCGCGAUGGGCACCGGCGCCGACAGCAGUAGCAGCUGAGGCAGAAACCACCGAGCAGAAGGAAGGGUCAGAGGAAGCUGCGAAAGAGAAGGGGGAGCCUGCAACAUCAGGGGUAAGGGUUAGUGACUGGCUUGCCGCCGCCGCAACAACUGGUACGGCCUCUGGAGAGGAAUCCACCAACGCCCUAGGUGAAGAAAGAGACCAGCAAGAUGGAGAAGCUAGCGGUGGCAGCGAUGGACUAAGCUGGCUCACGCAAGCCGCCGACAGCCACAAGCCGUCUGCUGCAGCAUCGGGCAUCCCGUCUACUGCCGGGGUGGAUUCGAGCGAGGGUGAUGCAGGGGCGGACUGGUUGGCCGUAGCGAAAUCGAGCGGGCAGGCUAAGCGCUCUCCCGCCGUGAAGAGACCCUCCGUUGGAGCUGCAGCUCCCGGUGGAUGGAUGUCUUCGGGCAAGCUAGGUUUACCGGCGGGAGACGGCAGUGACGACGACCAGGCCGGCAAGACCAGCGGCAGCGGCGGUGUGGCCAAGGCCAAGAAAAAGAAGAAGGCUAGAGGUUCCGUGUCGGGUACAGGCGGGCCUGGAGGGUGGCUGAGCGCUGGCGCACUCGGUGUUUCGGCAAAGGACGAGAGCGACGAGGAGGAGGGUAGCGGCGGCGACAACGACCGACGAGGUGCCGCCGUUACCAUCGAAACUCAGACCGACGAUGACAUCGAAGCAGCCACCAGGGGAGCAGCAGAAAGGGGGAGCACCCGUAAGCUCCCACCCUGGGCCAAGCCCUAUGUUCCUCCAGAUCCGAUUCCAGAAGUCGUGCCAGAUACUGCCGCCGAGCUGACAAUCGAGAAGCAGGAGCUCGAGCCGGCGGGGUCGGGAGGGGUACCCUCUUGGCUUGCUGCCGUGGCUGGUGCACCUGCUGAUGAGAAACACUCCGACGCAUUAGGUCAGGAAAGAGCGCUAGAGGCCGACGAGGGUGGGGUUGGGCAGGCGAGCGGCGGUAACGACGGACUCGGCUGGCUCACAGAAGCUGCCAGCAAGGAUACAGCGGCCGCCACGCCGGCUUCCACAUCAGUGCCGGACUGGUUGGGUGAUGCCACGUCGAGAGGCAUGACUAAGCACAACAAGAGCUCUACGGCCGCGAAGAGAGCCUCCAUUAAGAGUGCGGCACCCGGUGGAUGGAUGUCUUCUGGAAAGCUUGGCGUUUCGACGGGAGACGACGGCAGCGACGAAGACCAGGCCGGCAAGACCGAUCGCGGUAGUGCUAAGCCUCGGAAGAAGAAGAAGCAGCCGAGUAGAGGGUCCGUGUCGGCUGCAGGCGGGCCUGCAGGGUGGCUCAGCUCAGGGGCACUCGGUGUUCCGGCACAAGACGAGAGCGACGAGGACGGUGGUGAUAGCGACGGCGGUCGACCUUUGAUGGCGACGACUGAAACACAGACCGAAGAAAACAUCGAAGAAGCCACCAAGACAGCGAAUGGCCCUAAGCUCCCGCCCUGGGCCAAGCCGUGGACUCCUCCACCUCCGGAACCGGAAGCCGAGCCAGAUACUGACCCCGACCCGCCACCCGAACAGGAGCAUGACACCCCAGCUACUCCAGACUGGAUCCUCGCGUCUUUGGGCCCGGACGCCGAGGGGGCGGCGGCAGCACCAGCACCAGGCGGCAGCCCCGGCGACUGGCUCGUCCAGGAAAAUCAGGCUGGUGGAGGCCCUACGGGUACAGGGGGAGGAAGCAACGGUCCAGACUGGCUUCAACAAGCCACCGCAGCCCCCACGGCAAAGCCUGCGAACCGCUCGCGAGGUGCUGCGACACAGCGACCAGGUGGAGGAAGAAAGGCGGCCACGCAGUCACCCCUUUCGUGGAUGACCAGCAUGAAGCGCCGCUCGUCCAUGGACCUCAACGAUCAAGGCGUGGAGGAGGCUAUCGCUCAAGCGAAGGCCAAGACCAUCCCAGGGGGCUGGCUGCAGAUGGGGGCGCUGGGAGCACCCGACGCCGUGGAAGAGGCGAACGCGCUUGAGGAAGCCCGGGCCGCUUCAUCCCUAACCAGAACUUCGACGAAUGGGAAGGGCACACCGGGGGCCGCGGCAACCGACGUGCGGCGUCCGAGCCUCGAGCAGGGUUUGCCUCCGUGGGCCCCGAAGUUGGCGACAACAGCACUAGCGUCUUCUUCUUCGUCCCGCGGCCGUCGAACAAGCUUCUCCGGCGGGACCCCCGCCUGGGCACCGCAGCACCAGCAGGGAGGGGGCUCGCCGUCGGCUGAGCAGCUCAAAGCGAGGGCCGACGAGAGCCCUGAAGGAAGGAGGCCCGGGCUUGCGGGGGGGAUGCCCUCCUGGGCCCCUGCAGACAAGAAAGUCGCCGCUGGGUCCGACGGCUCGAGCCGACGAAGACGGCGGUCGAGUCUCGACGGGGGCAUGCCGGCAUGGGCGCCGGCAGCUCCAGGAGGCUCGCCGACGUCGCGAUCGAGGGGCCAGGAAGAGGACGAGCUACCCGUCCCUGAGUCUGAGCAGGCUACGCCGGCACUGCCGGAUUGGCUGACGGCCGCCGCGGGAGGGGGGUCUGCACCGAAGGAUACGCGGGGCGAUGGAGAGAGCACCAUCGACACUGAUGAUGACGGCGGCGGCCUAGGUUGGCUCACCCAAGCCGCAUCGGGGGGCACAACCUCGAAGAGCCAAGAUCGAAAGGGUUCGCAGGAAGCUGCUGACACGGCAUUGGACGACGAGGCUAGAACGGAGCGGACAGCGGCCGGAAGCACAGACGCUGCUUGCAACGACGUUUCCUCCGAGCACAGCGGUGGCGGCGAAGGGCUAGGCUGGCUGUCGGCGGCGGUGGUACGGAGGCCACAGAUGAAAAGCCGUACACACGAGCUACAACCUACGGCAACAAGUACGAACGUAGUAGCAUCGAAAAGUCGGGCUCAACAACGGAAUUCGGCGUCCUCUGGACCAUCAUCAUCAAGCAAGACAACUUCCAGCACUGCUCCGGGGGGCUGGUUGGCUUUGUCCGUCGCCUCCGGAAAUCUCGGUGGCCUCAGCGACGACGGCGAAAGCCAUCUCGUCGGCGACGGUACCAAUAACGGCGGAGAUACCGGCAAGGAGGAUACAGCGACACAAACGGAUGAUGUCGUGAUAGUCGAGGCCAAAAAAUCAGUUUCAGAACAGACUACGUCGAAGAAUCCCACCAAGCCGAAGCUUCCGCCGUGGGCCAAGCCCUGGCCUAAACCUGUGGCCGCUCCUGCCGUCGCUGACCCUGAUUCAUCAUCACCAUCAUCUGUAGACAACCGUCAAGCACCGAACGUGGGUGAGGAUAAGGCCAUCAACGCCGGUGGCGCGUCUUCGGGAGGGGGCGGCGGAUUGGACUGGAUCAGCGCUGCUGUUGAUAACGGUACAUCAAACUUGUCGCACGGUCUAAGUGCAUCUACCACCGACACUGGCGGUGUUCCGGCUCGUGCUACAAGUGACUCUAGCGACCAAGAAAAGGGAGAAGAGGGAGGAAGCCUAAGCUGGCUGGCAAAAGCUGCCGCCGGUUCAUCAGACCGACCCGCCGAUACCGCCGGAAAAUCCACAACCAGCACCGUCGCCACUCCGGGAACAGCGACAACCGACGAUGAUUGGUUAGCGACUGCAGCUUCUGGGGCCGCCCGCCCCUACCCUUCACCAUCCCGACGUCCCUCCGCCGAAACUAAGGCUGCGGGAAGAAGGUGCAGUGGGGGAGGGUGGAUGACAACGGCGGCAGGAACAGUAGGCCUGCAGCUCCUAGAUGGUAACGGCGACGGAAGCGUAAGCGAUGGCGUUAACAGUGCGCUGCACAAGAAGAAAGGCCCGGAACAAGGCAACGCUUCUGCGGCGCAAAGCGGGGGGGCUGGCGGAUGGAUGGCAAAGGCGGUUUUGUCGGGGUAUCUUGCCGACACAGCUCUGAGCGAAGAAAACGCCGCCGAUGAUGUUGCAUCCCGAGCAGAACCAGUCAGGCAGGGAAAAACAAUCGCAACCCAGACAGAUGAGGUUGUAGGGCAAGCGGCUGCAGAGCCCGCGAAGCCUAAGCUCCCGCCCUGGGCGAAGCCGUGGAGUGCGCCCGCUCCGGCAACGGUUUCCGAUCCGGUCUCGACUCCGGCGACGGGGGUUGAUUCUGUGGUGGGGGAGGGUACCGGUUUGAACAGACGGGGUUCCUACGAGUCCUCCACCUCCGACACCAAAGAUGGCCGGACGACCGCUGGAGGUGGUGGCGGUGGGAUUGAUUGGGUCACGCAAGUCACUUCCGAAGAGCCGGAGAUUAUAGCCCAGACCGACCACGACUCUACGGCAGUCAACGGCUCAGACGAUCUCCUCGCAGCCGCGCUUUCUGGCAAUUCAAAGCUGGUGACUGAAGCAGCAACAGCAACAACCGCGAGCGGACGGGAUCGGGGGGUAUCGAAACACAACGUGCGUAGCAACAACAACAGCUGUUGCACCUGCGGUAGCGCCAUAAAACACUCUGUCAAGACGACGCCGGCCAACACCGCAGGCCACUCAGGGCGGCCGGGGGCGUGGUUGAUCGCUGCCGUGGCGCCCAGUGGCCCCGCUUCUCCGAUCGAGAACGACACCGAACAGGAUACAUUCGGCAACAACAGCGAUAUUCAAGGUAGCGGGGCAGGGCGUGUUGGUGUAGAAACCACAACGAUAGGGGUACAGUGGGAAGAAGAGGCAGGGAAAACCGUACAUCCGGCGUCGUCUACGAAAAGCCGGUUACCGCCGUGGGCGAAACCUUACGUCCGCCCUUCUACGGAGGUUAUUGGGCGUGAUGAUGGGUCGGAGGAUAACGAUAGUGUGAGGGUCGUGAUGGAGUCGAACGGUAUUCAGUGCGGGGAGUCGAUGCUGGGGGGUCGGUUGAGCGAAGAGCCCAUUUGA